GACGAAUCUGUCCUUUGCGCAUGCGCUACCUAUGUGCUUGUCCUGCAUUUUGGCCUACGUGAUCAGCUCCAUUGUUCUGCAAUCCAACAUUGAGGUGGACCAGAGUGCCUUCCGGAGUGAAGACAGUUGGGGCUGGACAGCGGUCCUUCUGGUCAUAUCCUCAGCAAUGUGUUUGUCUGGACACCGAAACCUGGAGUACCAGAGACGGCUAUCGUUCCUGUCUCUUUGGGCAUCCUUUGCAGUGCUGAAGGACAUUCAGGUCGACGAUCCGGCCAUUUUUUUGGACUACAUGGCCUUUGAAAGAAGGGCAUCCGGUGAUGCCGAACCCCCUACAAAUAACUCGGGACCACAGGCGAUGAGGGAAACACGACUGGCUCGACUGAAGAGGGGUCAAGAGCUGCUACGCAGGUUGAGCUCUAGCCCUGGAAUGGGAAACCAGGCCUUCCGCAAUGCGCUCAUCGGGCUCCUUGACAUCCUGUCCUCUGCACGGGAGGAUCUGGCACAGGCAGAUCGCCUUUUGAAGCCCGCGGUCGGCGAGCAGCUCCUGAAGCAGGGAAUCGAUGGUGAAGCGCAGCAAAAGCUGCUAGAUCUCUUCGAUGACUUGGCACCUGUUCCCCGGCUCCCACGAAAGGUUGACAAAAUGCUUGACGAAGGUGCUGUGAACGGAGAUGACAAGGAGAGGGAAAACAGAACGGAG